AUCGACACCUAGCCGUACUAUGAUGAGCGCCUGUUCCUCCACCUUUGGGCACUCAGGUCAACUUGCACUAUCUGGCACUAGGCAAAACGGAUGAGUGUAUUUCCAAAACAUACAAUAAGAAUACAUCCAUGCCAACAGAUGUGGUAACACUGCUACCUUACAGAAUGGAGAGUCGAGACAGUUGGAAUUGUUUCUCCAUGACAAAACAGUGGUCACUGUUCCAUAGCUAGUGCAUACAAGGGGAAAGAAUUUUGACCUGCUCACGGACAAGACAUUGACAAUAGCGUUGGAAACAAAGAUCGCACAGUCUUCCCAACAUGCGCCUAUGCUUGCACAGGAUCUAUUGCAUCCGAAAAAAAAGUGAUAUCCCGGUCGUCAUUCCACCGUGGACAAUAUAAAGCACAGAUGGGCUUCAGUGAACUGCGCACUGGCGCUGGUUUCGCCGUUGCUCAAUCGGGACUCUCUUCGCAGUGCCAGAGCGCACUACUUAACAUUUCAGCCUCAUCUACCACCGCAUGUUUGAACCCAUCAGGACUUAUCUCGCUCGCUAUCACGAACUCAAACUCAAGUUCGAUCAUUCCUGGUGUCAACACCUGGAUUUCUGGCAUGUGCUCUCAAGCCGCCUGCAGUAACUCGACCCUCCAAACUGUCGUAACAGACGUCAUUUCAGGAUGUUCUUCUGAUCUUUCGAGUAUUGGAGUGACUACUACCGACACAACUACUAUUGUCACAUCCAUUCAGGCCUCCUACUCUACUUUUCGACAGCUUUUGUGUUUGAAGGACACCUCGACGAGCACUCUUUGUGUUCCUGAGCUGCUGACGAAUAUUGAGUCUUCCACGUCGACUCUUUCGCUGAAUAGCAUAGUCGCACUUGUCACAAAAUCGCUGUCCGGUCAGAGCACUGGAAUCCCCUCGAGUACCAUCUGCACCAACUGCACCAAGGCUGCAUAUACCGUCCUUAGUCAAGGUCUUCCUGGAAUUGCUAGCACUGUUCAAAGUUCGUUUUCAUCGCAAUGUGGUGCUAACUACACAAAUGGUCAGAUGCCUUCUGGUAUUCAGGAGGCAGCAAGCUCGUCAACGACGAGCAGUAGUGGUGCUAUUUCGCUUUCCGUUAGUAGUCUCAACGUGGGUGUUGCUGCUGUUGCAGCCGUUUCAGCCGCCUUCGCAAUCUUUGCUUAGGAUUCAUAAUGAAUUUAUGGACUUAUUUGGACUGUUCAGCGACUCGAUUAGUUACGAAUAUGGACGCUAUAUGACUUUUUGUGCUCGUAGAGUACACUGUCAAUGCACCAAUCUUUCGCAGUU